AAGUUGUAAAACACGGUCUAGCGAUUUGACGAACUUAAUUAAAUCUGAUAGGCAUGGCACACGGGGCCGCCCGAUAUGGCCGCUCUUGUUUGAAAGCGUGCGUCACAACAAUUGCGCUGAGUGUGUGAGGAUUACUAGUGCUGCGGGAUCCGGUAAGUACUUGACUCCAGUCGAGAACGAUCAGGCUUGAUAUACAACAGCAGCUCAGUUGCUGGAUUUACCCUUCCGACAAGGAAUUACUACGUUUUUUUCAAUACUUUCACAGGAAUGGAUUUUUCAAACGUCAACUUCCCAUUUCCUUUGUGGAUUGUCCGUCCCACCUGGGAGUGCGCCUUGAAAAUCGGAUUCUUCGUUCCUGUCAUUAUCAUCAGUCUGCUUGGAAACGGUUUGGUGGUUUACCUCAUGGCCACCAAUCGAUUUUUGCGCACUUCCAUCAACAUCUUCAUUUGGAAUUUGGCCAUCGCCGAUCUUUUAACUAUCCUACUCAUCCCGUGGAUUAUUUUAAUCAUCGAUCUCUACCAGAUGUUCAUUCUCGGAGAGGUUAUUUGUCGAACCGAGGGAUUUUUAAGAGUGAUGCUGAUGUUGGUAGACGUCUUCAGCUUGCUGGCCGUAAGCUUUGACCGUUUCUUUGCCAUCGCAUUUCCAUUCCGCCCGCGGAUGGGCCAAUCGGCAGCCUACAUUAUUUGCGGAGUCAUCUGGAUCCUUUCAGCGGCCAUCGCCUCUCCACUCAUCGCAGCCCGCGUCUAUAAAGAACGACAAUGGAAGGAUAUAUUGGAGUCCUGGUGCAUCGACAACGCUUCCUUCUCUUUCGUGUACUACAUCUCCCUCGACGCUAUUCUCGUCUGGUUUCCCCUCAUCGUCAUGACUGUUUUAUUCAUUUUCAUCUUCAUUAUUAUGAAAUCGCGGACUUCGACCUGCUCUGUCAUUCAAUUGAAGCAGUUGGCCCAGCGUCAGAAAAUCAUUCGGAUGCUUUUCUUCAUUCUGAUUGGCUUCUUCAUCUGCUACCUGCCUUUCACCAUUUCCAUCAUCGUACGAAAUAAAAUCGUCCUGGGCAACAGCAUCAAUAGCAUCCCAGAUUGGUUGCGCUCCUUGUUGUACACGACGCGCUAUGUCAUGUGUGUAAACACAGCCAUCAAUCCUAUCAUUUACGGAUUCUGCAACGAUAACUUCAAGAAAGCGGCCGCCAAACAAUUCCCGUCGCUCAAAUGGGGUGUCACUCCGGUGGCCGCCACCAUUUCCGCUGCAUCAAACACAGGACGAGUCAAUUCAAAUUAA